UUCUUCGUCCCACUCACCCAGCGCUCCUACUAGUCCACGAGGUUGCGCCAUGACUUCCGCCGACCAGGACCGCACCGAAGAAGAAACCCUAGCGAACGAUACCGUCCCCGACCAGGGCGGCCAAACCAUGGCCUUGGAGGAAGGCUCCGACGAGGUGCUCACUAGCGCCGGCGGGUCUUCGAGCGCUGGGGACCAAGAGAGUGCCGACAAAACCCUAGCCGGCGCGGAUGAGCUGUUUGCGAAAGGGUCGAAAGCAAUAGAGGACGGGGAGUUCGUGGACGCCGUGGACUCCCUCAGUCGUGCGCUAGAAAUCAGGGUCUCACACUUUGGUGAGCUUGCACAAGAAUGUGCGAGUGCAUAUUAUAAGUAUGGAUGUGCACUACUAUACAAGGCUCAGGAAGAAGCUGAUCCAUUGGGCAACUUCCCUAAAACUUCACCAGCAAAUGAUGAGAAGUCCACAACUUCUAGUUGUGCAAAAGAGAAUGGAGGAAGUUCAAAGGAUAUUGCUGAUGUUGGUAAAGAUUCUUCAUCAUUGAAGGAUGAGGUGCCUGAAGGUGAAGGUUCGAACAAGGAUUCUAGUAAUGAUGCUGACGAAAGUGAAGAUGAUGAAGAGGAUACAGCUGAAGCAGAUGAAGAUGAAUCAGACCUGGAUCUUGCCUGGAAAAUGCUGGAUGUUGCAAGGGCAAUUGUUGAGAAGCAACCUGGUGACACCAUGGAGAAAGUGAACAUCUUGGCUGCUUUAGCCGAAGUCUCAAUGGAAAGAGAGGAUAUUGACACUUCACUAGAUGACUAUUUAAAAGCCCUGGCCAUUUUGGAGAACCUAGUCGAGCCUGGCCACCGCCGGAUUGUGGAAUUAAACUUCAGGAUUAGUUUAGUGUUGGAAUUGGGAUCAAGGAUCAGCGAAGCCAUACCUUAUUGUGAAAAGGCAAUAACACUUUGCAAGUCUCGAUUAGUAAGACUCAAGGAAGAUGAAAACAUAACUGCUGUCACAGGAGCUUCUGAAAGUUCUAUUCUGGACUCAGAGAAAAAUGACUCUGCACCUGCUAAAGAGAUUAAAUCCGCAUCUAAUUUGACAAAAGACAUAGAAUUUUUGACUGAAAUCUUGUCUGAACUUGAAAAGAAGCUUGAAGACCUACAGCAGUUGCUGGCAACUCCGAGAUCUGUGUUUUCGGAUGGUGUGAAGUUGAUAGCUUCCAAGCUGAUGUCUGGAGAGAUGAAUGCCCCAAGUGCAUCCACAACUCCACUGACUUCCUUGCAGAUGGGAGCUGUAAAUAGUGGUGGUUUUGACUCUCCGACACUUUCUACUGCUGCAACAAAUGGUGCUAUAACGGACCUAGGCGUUGUGGGUAGAGGCGUUAAGCGAGCUACCAUAAACCCAAGUAUCGCCGAUCCUCAAAAUAAAAGGUUUGCAUUGGAUAAUCACACUGAGAAUGCGACCGAUCAUGGUGACACCUCUGCCGUGCAAGAUGCUGAAGAUGCCUCAAAGUAGCGUGGGAUGUUAGUUCUUAGUCUCUUCCCCGCUGAGUUCUAUGUUGUUCAUGACACUCUUUGCGUUGUGGUCAUUAGUUCGAAUGCCUGCCUACCAAGGAGCUCUGAGUAUGGCCAACCAAAGUCAUGGUGAGACCAUUCGUAGUUGUCUCUCUUGUCGAUUCUAGGCGUCUGUGUUUAGCUACAGCUGACAUAUUUUUGAUGUAUCGUAUCAUGAAUUAAUUUGGGGGCUGAGGGAUGUUCAUUGACUAUGAUGUCUCUCUUGGCUAUGAUGUUUUGAUUUGCUACAACCGAAUUCGAAAUCCGUAUUCAUAAUUGAAAAAACAACAGCCUCCACGGGUAUUUCUA